AUGAUAUUCAUGACUCCGUAUCCCUCGCCAGUACGAGAACGACCCAUGAACAUAAGCAGCGUCGAUGCAAUUGCAAUAACGUCCCCGAAUCCUUGCCUAAGUCAGUGUGGGCAGCUGGAUCUUUCGGCGCGACAACGACCGGCGCCCAAAACCUUCCACUGUGAAAUUGCGAGCCAAAGGAUUCUUGAGCUCUCAUCAGAAGCCCUCGAGUGUGUGAGUCUCUCAGGGAACGAGGUCGGGAGGGCUGCGAUCGAGGUCCUUCGUCGCAUUCCACUGGCUGAUGCUCGGCGAGUUUGUGUUCCGCCGUUGCUGUCUCUGGGGAAACGUGUUGCACAUAGAAAAAUCCACACCGGUGUUGUCUUUAAUGGAACACCUGUAUUUGAGCUACACUAUUCCCGUUUCUACCUUGUUUACUCACCGCAGGAUCCAGGAAUGCAGAAAAUUGACAAUGAUGAACGACCUCUGGGAGUCUUCCAGUGCGACUUCUGCAGGAAAAGUUUCGGCUCAAAUGGAGAUCUUGCGAGACAUUUGGUGGCGCACAGUCAGGAGAAGGCUUACCCGUGUGAAAUGUGUGGAAAAUGUUUCGGCAGGAAAGAUACUUUAAUGAGGCAUUCUAGUCUUCACACGGAGUCGAAACCUUUCGCUUGUGACAUUUGCGGUCGAGCGUUUCGGCAGAAGGGUAAUUUACUGAGUCACCGUCUAGUGCACACGCAGGAAAAACCUUACGGAUGCGCGGUGUGUGGAAAACGCUUCGGCCAAAAGAGCAACUUGGUUAGCCAUUCACUUCUUCACACGGACGAGAAGCCCUUUGAAUGCACCGUCUGCGGAAAGCGUUUCGUGCAGAAGAGCAACCUCAAGAGCCAUGCCACGACACACACUAAUGAGAAGCCCUUUGAGUGCGUUAUUUGCGGCAAGAGUUUCGGACAAAGGAGCGGUCUGCUGAGCCACUCUUCGGUGCACAGCAAGGAGAAGCCCUUUGAAUGUAGCGUUUGUGAUAAGUCUUUUCGACGCAGGGACAUGCUUGCUCAGCACGCCUUUGUGCACACGGGGGAGAAGCCCUUCGUGUGUGAGAUCUGCGAGGCGCAAUUCUCGCGUAAGAGCAAUCUAACGAGGCACCGCUUCGCCCACAAGACGGAAUAG